GAGAGAGCAGCGCGAGCGCGGCACGCACACAGGCAGUACUGAGGACAGCGCGCGCGCGGACGGGCACGGGACCGGACCGGACCGGAAGUACACCGGGAUUUUCUUCGAUAUCAUUUUUCUCUUCAGAUUAAAGGAUCCUUUUUUUGGUGCUGAUUGAUUUGUAGAAGUGUACAGGUGUGUGGGUUUUUAUUUUGGAGUUGAUACUACUCGCGCGCGGGAGUGUAUCGUUUCCAUAGAGACGUGUUUUGCUGUUUAUUCGGAUUUUUUUUUUUUAAAUACUUUUCCCCACCGAGUUUGGAUAUUUCCGCCGGUGUUUGGACGCCAUGCGGAUACUCGCGCGCUGCAAAUGAGAAGCGGACGACGACGCGCUCGCGCCACAUGAGCGACGUGCCCUCGCCGUCUGGAGUCGCGCGCACACCGAGGAGUUCCCCCGCCCCGGAGAGCAGCUGCCCCGACCGCCAUCUCACCGGCGCUCGCGCUCCACAGCUCGCGCCCGCACCGCUGCCCCUCACUGACCCGGCGCGUCACGCCAAGCGGCUUCCGGUCCGGGUUCUCCAAAUGCUGAGCGCGCGCGCGGCUCACAUGCUCCACGCGGACUACCUGCAGCCGCUCAGCUCCGCCCCGCUGCCCAUCGAGCUGGAUGCUAAGAAGAGUCCACUGGCCCUUCUGGCUCAGACCUGCUCCCAGAUCGGCAAGCCGGAUCCUCCUUCGUCCUCCAAGCUCAGCUCGCUCUCCACGGGCAACUUGGGAGACAAAGAUGGCCGGUCGAACAGUUCGGGUCUCAAAUCAGCAGAGCAGCAGCAACAGCAAGGUCUGGAAGACAAGUCCAGCUUCAAGCCUUAUUCCAAAAACAGCUCGGAAUGCCGGAAGGACGGAAUCAUGCCGAGCGGGUCAGCCGACAAAUCCGGGUUCAGGACUUCUGGUGGGAGUUCGGCUAACACGACGUGUCCAUCAUUCCCUCCUCACAUCCCGUCUCCGAGGACCUGCUCACCGUCCCAGCAUGCUCCAGGCCAGGGACAUGUACACCGCCAGACACAAUCUCCGUCCACGCAGAAACCCCUGAGUGUAGACUCCAAAUCUGGAAGUUCUGACUCCAGCACGGAGAGCAGCGGUGGCAGCGAUCGUGUCGGGAAAAAAGACUUGGAUAACAGCAGACUUGACAAUGCCCAGAUGGCCAACUCUAGCCAGGCACGUGCGAGUGUCAACUCCAGCAGUGGCAGUGCCUCUAGUAGCCCUCGACCGGAAAGCAAGAACGAUUCCCAACCACCGCAGACAUCCUUAGCUAAUUCCAGCCAUGUUGCUCCAAUUUCACCAUUCAAACCAGGACACUCUGUGUUCCCCUUACCUGCUUCCACCCUAGGAUACCACGGCUCCAUUGUUGGUGCCUACGCUGGUUAUCCGUCCCAGUUCGUCUCUGGGUUGGACCCUGCCAAGUCUGGUUUAGUGGGUGCUGCUGGGAUGGCAAAACACCCAAGCUCUAGUCCUCUAACGGGAACGUCGCCUCCAACCUUUAUGCAAGGCCUGUGCCGAGACCCGUACUGCCUCACUUACCCCAAUGUGCCCCACUUGGGGGGAAGCAACUGCAACACUUGCAUCCAUGACCCCUCAUCAACUCUCAAGUCAGGAUUCCCAUUGAUGUAUCCUUCACCACACCUCCAUGCACUCCAUCCAGGCUCUCUGUCCACAUCUGGUGCUUCCGGCUCACUCUCCCACCCACUCUACACCUACGGCUUCAUGCUUCCUAGUGACUCCCUUCCUCACGCCUGCAACUGGGUUUCCGUCAGCGGGCCAUGCGACAAACGCUUCAGCACUUCUGAGGAACUUUUGGCGCACUUGCGCACUCAUACCUCCCUUCCUGGCGUGGAUGGAAAGCUCCUGUCUGCCUAUCCUUCCUCCGCAUCUUCUUCAGCUGCUUCUUGCCACCUACACUUGCCCCCUCCUAGCAGCCCUGGGGCUCUCCCAAGCUCCUUCUCUCUUCGAGGUUCACCUGGACUCGGCCUGGCUCGCUAUCAUCCCUACAGCAAACCACAUUUGCCUGGAGCGCCUUCCUUACCUAUGCACUCUUUUCCUGCUACGGCACCGUACUACUCACCCUACGCUCUCUAUGGCCAGAGACUGGGCUCGGCAUCAGCACUCGGUUACCCCUGAUGGACGCACAGUUGGGCAGAGAAUGAGGAAAAGGUCAAGACGAGGACAAGGACCAUCCAUAAGAGAGGCUCCAAGCCAAAAGGGGAGCUUUAACUGGAUGGAGUUACCUCUGUAAAUGGUGGAGGUGGGAAGCACAGGCACGCUCAGGCAUGAAUGCUGUCAACUCUGAAGAAAGAACCAUGAACUUGUGCUUGAUUCCUGAGAAUAAUAGACCUGAUACCUUUAAUGUUAUUUGAUGAUCAAAGUUUUAUUUCAGUUUAUUAAUAAAAAAAAGUAUAUUUAUUUUUCUCUUGAGCGCUUGGCUUUGUACUUGGGGAAACAUUUACCAUCGGAAUGCAUUCCUUGUCACUUUGGUACAGGAACAAUAUUUUCAGAGAUCAAUAUCACUCUUUCCACAGUACACUUUUAUAACAGACUCAUUUAUCUUUUGGUUGUUAUUUCUUUCUGUUCUUUUACUUUUGUGUGUUCCAGCAAGCGUGACUUGCUCGACAGCCGGUUUGUUCUUGGAAAUUUGCCAUUUUUUUUUGUUUCUUUUUUUGUACUUGUACAGCUCAAAAGAAUAAACUGCAAACAGAUAGAUGUGAUAUAUUUUCUAUGGUGACUGGUUCUGCAAGCUGGAGGGGGUUUAGCGGAGGGUUGGAGGGAGCAGGGGAAAUGAAAACAAUGAAGAGUCCUAUGUAGAGAUGGUGGCGCUAUACACUUAACAGAAUGUCUUAUUUUGUGAAAUAAAUGAUAACUUGAUUACA